GACUGUGUUUCCGCUUUUAGUACUUUUUAAGCUUUCAACAAACAAACACCUUUUCUGCUUCUGAUCACCAUCACCACUCAAAAUGGUCAACGUUCGCAAAGAUGUCGCUUCAACAGUUGAUGAAGAUAAAUUCAAUCCGGAAGUAUAUGAACAAGGAUCAAAUAUAGGACCAGAUAUCGCAGAAGCAUUAGAAUGUGAACAUUUAGAUGCCGACUUAUACAGAAGUUCUAAACCACUUUGGAGACCUUAUAGUGCUCGUGGUGUAUUUGGGGGACAAGUGAUCGGUCAAGCUGUUGCCGUUUCAAACGCAUCUGUUCAAUCAGACGUUUAUCUUUUGCAUUCGCUGCAUUCUUACUUUCUCUUGGCAGGAGAUGAAACAAGACCGAUCUAUUAUCACGUUAGCAGGUUACGUGAUGGAGGAUCGUAUAUGACAAGAUUGGUUGAAGCAAAACAAAGAGGUCGUUGUAUUUUCGUGUUGUUUUCAUCUUAUGCAAAACCAGAACAUAAUCGACCAAAAUUCGCAAUCGCACUACCAAGAUCGAUCAGUAAUGAUCAUUCACCGUCUGAAGAGGUUUUUGAAGAAGCAACGGUUGCCAUUACAGGAUCAAAAACAAUCACGCAUAAAUCUCGAUUUAGUCAAGAACGUGUUGAAGAAGGAUCACAACCAAAAGGAUUGUUGACGUAUGAAGAGGCACCUUUGAACGAAACAAGAUAUUUAAGAGUUUUGAAAGAUUUAGAUAAAUUUUUACCACAAAAAGUUAAAGAUACUUUACAUGCAUGGAUCAAAGAUCGUCAAGAGAGCGCAGUUGAAAUUCGAGAUGCUUUGCCAAAUAUGUACGAUGAGAAUGGCGUGCCAACGCAAGGAUAUGAACAAGCAUUUUGGAUGCGAGUCAAAUCGCCAAUCAAAGGAGGAGAUGCAGGACAUAAAGCUGCAUUAGCAUAUGCCAGUGAUAUAAAUCUGCUUGCAACAGUUGUAAAGGCUCUCGGGACAACGAGAAGGAUGAAAAUGAUGGCAAGUUUGGAUCAUUCGAUGCAUUUUUAUGAACCUUUUGAUUUUACACAACCGAUCUUAUUCUUUAUGCAAUGUCAAGUUGCUUCAAGUGGUCGUGGUUUGGUGAUCGGAAGAUUUUAUUCACAAUCCGGUACUUUGAUCGGUACGGCCUCUCAAGAAGGUUUGGUGAGACCGCGUGAGGAUAAUGCAGAUAUCAUUGCAAGAGCAACUUCUGGUAAACUUUAAUCAAGACUUUUGUGUGUGUUUCGUUUUCAUGUAGAAGUAUUUGCUCGUUUUUAAUCGGGAUUAUCAUCAAUAAUUUAAUCUUCCUAAUAUGUCUGUCUAGAAUCAUCUCCUUAGUUCUCGUCUAUGAAAUGCAUGAAAACAUUAUAACGCUUCUAU